AUGUUUAAUGUUUAUUGUUUGUUAACAGCCUUUCUCCCCGCUGUUAUCACGGACCAGAGCAGCUCCGAACCUUCUUCCGCGCCACUCGACGCAGACAUCUUCAGAGAUGGCCCUCUCUACCCGCCCCUACAAGACUCGAUCCUCGAGCACGACACAACUGAACUUAACCAAAACCCAUACACAGAUGACAAAAAUCUAAACUAUGAGAAUAACCAACUCGAACUAGAAUUAAGCAACGAAAACCUCAAUGAAAGACUAGAAGAACCCCAGAAUAUAUUUGAAAUGUUUGAUGAUAACAAUUUAGAUUUAUAUGAAACGAAUCCGUUUAAGCCGAUAAAUGAAGUCAGCGAGAGGGGUUUUAUUGUAGCGCCCGGCGCGAAUUCUGAUGAAGUACGCUCGGACGACGCUAGAGUAGAUGAUAAAGUAGUUGAGGAUGACGCAAGAAUUAAACGAAGUAGUGGAUGGGAUAAAUCGACUAAGUCAAGACGUGUCAAAACCGGGGAUACGAUUCUGAACAUUCGAGGUGCUGUUCGGGAUGCUAUUGGAGAUGCAGGAGCCGCUCCAGGACCGAGGGCUUCAUCAAGAGUGGACGCUUUCGUUAUUAGGCCUUCGCCUGUAAUGAGAGAUGAGCCUAGAGACCAAGCUCGAGAAGCAGAAGCGAGAAGAGAAAAAGUACAGGCGCCGCAGCCUCAAAAACUAGACAAAGAAUUAUUAGUAGAAGCACAUGCUAGGGCGAGACUAGUGUGUGACCUUGUCAAUGCCACUAACCUGAAGUGGUACAAAGAUAAUGAGCAAAUGAACCUCCCCCUUUCACCUGAUGGUGGGGAAUCAGCGUAUCGUGAUGGUGAUGCCGUGGAAAUACCAAGAGCCAGCAGGAAUCAUGCUGCCAAGUGGCGAUGUGGAGGAAGAGACAGAUCUGGCCGACCAGUUGUUGGACAACCCACCCGAUUGCUAAUAUAUGAACCCGUUCGCUCCGUGUAUUUGGCGGUGGAUGGGAGACGACUUGAUGCUGGCAACACUUGGGUCCCUGUAAGGGAUAAAACUGUUCUAGAAGUUAAAUGUGUCGCUGAAGGUGGCGUUCCACCCCCGGAGCUGUCGUGGCGAUUGUUGGCAUUGGAGCCUGCUCUGGACCACAGACCCUACUUACGAAUACAUCCAACUAAUUAUUCAAUGGAUGGCAUGUAUUGGUCUCGCGUCGUUGUAACGGCGGCCAGGGAACUUCACAACGCAACUUUGCAGUGUGAAGCAAAACAGCGCAAGCCUUUGAAGGACAAUACAACUAAACACUAUGACGUCAUGACUGCGAAACUGGAGAUACACGUCACUUACCCUCCAUCAUUCGUAAUCUCUCGAUGGCCCGGUUUCGGCGUGUCUUUGUGGGCUGGCAGUCCGGCCGCGUUGAGAUGUGAUGUGGACUCAAAUCCACCUGCAAGACCAGCAUGGACUCGAGACAGUGACAUACCUCUGCCUCAAAGUUCUCCCGCGCCAAUGGAGAGUGCUGAUGGUUCCGCCACACUACGUUGGUCCCGACUCCAUUCAUCCCACGCUGGCUGGUACCAGUGCCGUGCUACUUGGCUAAAUACAGAAUAUUCAUCUAUUGGAUAUUACCUUAACGUAUUGUCUCCUGAUGAAUCGGUUCAAACAUCAACAGAAGCAAACGAAGAGCCGAUACAUCAAAAGGUCGAGGUGCCAUUGGGCGGUAACGUCCAACUGCACUGCCCUAAAGGAAGCGUGGGUUGUUGGUGGCGAAGAGUAGUCGGAAAUGCGAGUGAUAGCUGGGCACCAGCGGGGUCACAUCACGCUCAUGGAGUACUCGGUGCGGCAACAGCAAAAUCUUUAGGCACGGACAUCGUAUCCAAAGGAUGGCGUUUGACGUGCAGCGUAUGCGGACGUAAUGUCCGUGUGAAAUGGGUCUUGACCUCCGGAAGGUCAGAGCCUGGAAUAAUCACACAAGACACCUCGCUCCAUUGCUGGCGAGCAUCCCUCAUCACCACGGACACAGAGGAAAUAUGGUGUGUUGCAGUAUCAACUGGUGGAGGCGCUGUUGCGGUAUUUCCAAAACGUACGCUGAAUCCAUCAGUUGUGAGAGCAUUGCACUCAGGAUCAUUAGAAACCAAAGCAACUUUCAUACUCCUAAUCUUCAGUAUAAUACUACUUACCCCAUUUAGUUAA